GUUAUUGACGUAUGUACAAGAUACUAGCCUUUAAUCUAUGAUAAGCUCGGGCUCCUAAGGUGAAUUAAAUGAGUGAAGAGUGUCUAGAAUGAAUGUAAUCAAAUUCAGUAUGAAACCGCCUAGGAUAAAAAUAACUAAAUCUGAAGAUGAAGAGUACGAAGAUUCGAUGGCUACCAGAAAAAUUUCGGCCAUGUCGGCCAAUGCAGACAGAAAAGGUCCAGUUAGAAAGAAAAAUCUCUUUACUUCUACCUUGGAUGUACUUGGAAAUAAUACUCAAAGUCCUUUAGUGGAACCACCUUCUUCAAACCGAAGAGUUAGCAUAAUCGGCAUGGACAACCCUGCAUUCGAGUCUCCAUCUAGAAAUAGGAAAGUUUCAGCUACAUCAGAUCAUAUAUUGGAAGGCCCAGUGAGGAAGAAGAGUUCUAUGGUGAAUUCAUUCCAGAAAGAAUACGAUAGUGGAAAAUAUAGUUCCAAUGGAGAUGCACAUAUCAAGAAACAUUCUGUUGCGGAUUCUGUACAUUCAAAAACCAGGUUUUCGGAAAUAGAUGAGGACGAAAAUAGGUCCUGGUGGUAUACUUUCUGCAUAAGGUGUAGAUCAGAGGAGUCACAUCCAUCAUGGCAGCCGACGUUCUGGUCUUCAAUGUGUCCAUAUCCUUUCUGCCCAACAUAUAGGCAAUUCUCAAGACUGAUAGCCCUGGUACUGAUAGGAACACUAUCGUACUGCGUGUUGUACGCUAUUGUUGGAGAAACAGCUGCUCCUGGAGGAAAAGUAUAUACUCUCAUCAUUUUAAGCAUAUGCGCCCAUCUAGGCGGGUGGUUAAUGAGUUUGACAACCCUUCCUGCUCUUAUAGGGAUGCUAUUUGUUGGAUUAAUAUUCCAGAAUGUAGGGGUUGUGGAUAUAGACGACUCGUACUCUAAUAUAACCAAGGAACUUAGGAAUAUUGCGUUGGUGAUUAUCUUAAUCCGAGCUGGACUUGACUUGGAUCCACAUGCAUUGAAGAGAUUGAAAUUCACUGUCGUCAAACUUGGUCUUGGUCCAUGGUCUGUUGAGAUGAUUAGUGUUGCAAUCUUGGCAUUCUACCUCCUGGAACUCCCAUUGAGUUGGGCGCUUCUUUUAGGGUGCAUUGUUGCUGCUGUGUCGCCCGCUGUUGUGGUACCAUGUCUUUUUCGACUCAGAAACAAAGGCUAUGGUGUUGCUAAAGGAAUACCAACGUUGAUAAUAGCUGUUGCUGGUAUUUGUGACGCGUUGUCUGUAGCCAUCUUCGGAAUAGGAAAGAGUAUAAUGUUUUCGGACGACUCCGUGACUUCGCAAAUACUAAGUGGCCCAGUGUCUGUAUUAGGAGGUAUAGGAUUCGGCAUCAUUUGGGGUAUUAUCUGCAAUUACACACCAGAAAAACAUGAUCCCUUUAUGGUACCUCUUAGGAUUCUCCUCCUGUUGGUUGGUGGGAUGAUAGCUGUGUUUGGUAGUGAUCUCAUAGGUUAUGGAGGGGCUGGUCCACUGGGAUGUGUGACCGCGGCAUUCAUGGCUAUUUUCUUCUGGUCGAAUCAAGGUUGGGAAAUUGAAGAUAAUCCAGCAGCUACCGCUUUUGAGAUAUUCUGGAUGAUUUUCGAGCCCAUCCUCUUUGGUGUUACAGGAACACAGAUUAAAAUAAACGAACUCGAUCCAGAAAUUGUGACGUAUUCACUGGCAAUACUGGUAGUUGGAGUGGUAAUCAGGAUUAUGCUCACCAUUGUUAUAGGCAUAGGAUGCAAGCUCAAUUUGAAAGAGAAAUUAUUUGUAGCAUUGUCGUGGAUGUCGAAGGCUACAGUUCAAGCAGCACUUGGCCCAGUCACACUAGGUAUCGUAGCAGAAGAUUCGAUAGAGCACGAGUAUGCCAAGAAAGUACUUAUGGUCUGCAUCCUAUCCAUACUUUUGACAGCUCCAACUGGUGCAAUCCUCAUCUCAAUAGGUGGUCCUCGUCUCCUAACAAAAACAAAGUUCCCAGAUGUACCGGAGGGUUGGCGCAGAAGUCACAGACCGUCAAUCAGAGAUAUAAGUAUCAUAGAUGAAGAAGAAGAAAAAAGCGACAUCGAAACAGCAAAUAUCGAGAAUUCAAUAAGCUAUAAAGAGAAAAGCACAGACGAAAACACAUGAGGCUUUAAAAAUAUGAAAAAAACUCGAUCAUCGCUUGUGUCUUCCUUUUUAUAUAUUUACUCGAUUUUCUGAUGAUUUGUAUCUACUUACUGUGAGAAAGAGUAUUCGGAAGAAAAUCAGUUUCGUAUGAGAAUAACUAAAAUUUUAGCUGUCGACUUUUCGACGAACGAACAAAAAUUGUAUGAAAUAUAAUAUUCAUAUGGAAUAGUGUAAGCAAAACCUAAACUAUGUAAAUAUAGCCGUUAAAGCAAACAUCUCCUAUGGAAUAAUAAAGAUCAAAUUUUUGUA